AAAAUGACGCCGGUCGUAAGACUGAAGAGGAAUAUCUGAAAUUUUAAACACUUACACAAUGAAUAGAGAAAGGAACAAGUCUGGCUUUUUUAUCAGAAACAAAUCAAAAAAAUCUAAAAGGCAUUCUUUUUUUAAAAAACUGAAUAAUGACCGUAAAAACACCUCUCAUCAAAACGCAGAUUUACUAGACCACAACCAAUACACGCACCAUCUUACUGACAUUGGUUGUGAAGUGGUUGUAGAUGAAUUGAUUAUAGAUUCUGAUAAAAACAAUACAUGGAUGGAGGGCAGGAGAGUUGUAGAACUAGAUGUUUUGGCAAGGGAAAUGCACUGUUGCCGGUGUAACUUGCCAUUACAUUUAUCUAACACAGUUGGUGAGAGGUUGUAUGGUUUGGCAAGUGUUUUACUAAUUAAAUGUGACAACUCUGCAUGUCUUGCAACAACUGAUGUGCAUACAGGCAAGAGAACCCCAAAUGGAAGUUAUUGCAUAAAUUCCAAAGUUGCAAUAGGUAUGACACACGCAGGAAUGGGACCGUCCCAUGUAAACAACUUUUUAACAGAAUGCAACUUACCACCAAUUAGUGAUACAACAUUACGUAAAAAGGAAAAAGAGUUCAGCAAGACAAUACAUGAUGUUGCUAUGACCUCCUGCAGAGAAGCUCAACAUCAAGAAAUACUUCUAAGUCAUGGCAAAGUGGCAGCAAGUUUUGAUGGUGGUUGGCAGAAAAGAGGAUCUGGGUGGAAUUACAACAGUAAUACUGGCCAUGCAACUAUGAUUGGAAAAGAAACUGGAAAAAUAAUGCUCUGGGAUCAAAGAAGUAGAUCAUGCAAGACCUGUGAAUAUCAUCUUGCAAAUCAAACUACAAUUCCAGACCACCUUUGUUUGAAGAAUAUCAAAUUUCACAAAAGAUUGUGA